CCUCCUGCCCCGCAUGCAAACUGCCCAUCGUCCGCUCUUCACUUCUUAUCAGCGCUAAAAUUUUCCGGCGAUGUCUUCCCGCUUAAAUCCGCGCAGUUUUUAGUUUUCGGAACUGUGCCUUUUCUGGCAAAUAAUAAUUAUAAGUAAUUAUGGAAUUCAACCAAGUUAUAACUAGCGAAAUUCUGCCAUCCAACUGGCAACAUGAAAUUGUAUCAGAAAAGUCGCAAAAUGGUGAAUGCCAUAUCCGUUGCAACUUAUUCAACAUGCAAGACUGCAGUGACUGGGUAUGCGAAUUUUCCUUGAACACAGCCACGCAAUGGAAAACACGAAGUACAAAACCAAACCAAUCAGUGAAAAUUGUCUGUCAGAAAUUAUUGUAUUGCCACCAUAGCGAUUACCAAAAAAGGCCUGUCGAUGAGAAAAAUAACAAUAAACGAGGUUUGUCUAAAAGCACCAGCUGUUCAGCUCAGCUAAUUAUCACGGUGAAAGUUACUACUCCAUAUACGAAGCGCAACGAUCCUUACGUCAAAAAUGGAAUGCCCGGGAUUAUUAUUAUACGUGGAUCUCACAAUCACCCUUUAAAUUCACCUUCGGCAAUGAAGCAUUUAACAACACCAACAAGUAUUCGUGAUGAGUUCUUCGAGUAUUUCAGUUUGGGCAUGAAUAUUGCCAGUGCUAGCCAGUACCAUGAAAAUAAGAUCUUGUUUGAAGAUCGAAAUGGUGAAACAGAGAAAAAUUCGUUGGAUGAUGAAACGCUGUUAGGUAAUGCUCAAAUGAACCCAACAAAACGAGCAGUGCAAUAUUGGUAUAUGUUGUGGAGAAAUUCGAGUUUUGGUCCUAGAGAUGGUUCCGAUUUACUGCCAGUGCUCGACAAAAGAAUCGCGAUGUAUGCUGCGGAUGAUAUUAUUAUUAAAUAUGAGACGGACCCCUUUGCACUAAUUAUUGUGACGCCUAUCAUGCAACGAAUUCAUCAGUGUGAUUUUUCCCGAAAAAUACUCUUCAUUGAUACUACGUCGUGCUGCGAUCAUGAGAACUAUGCGAUAACAUUUCUACUCAGUGCAACGCCAUGUGGAGCAGUACCUUGUGGUGUUAUCAUCACUAAAGAUCAGACCAUGAAUUCGUUUGAAAAUGCGUUCAAAAUUCUACAGCAAGCAAUUGUAGAGAAAUUAGGUAGUUCUUUUUUUAAUCAGAACUAUGCGAACGUGAUUAUGACCGAUAAUUGUGCGGCAGAGAUCGGAGCAGCCAAGGCGAUUUGGCCAGAUAGUGUUUUGUUGUUAUGCAUAUUCCAUGUACUACAAUACGUACUUCGAUGGUUGCAAGACGCAAAUCAUAAAAUUGAAAAGGCGCACCAAGGAGAUUUGAUGUCCACUUUCCAAACGAUUCUCUACAGUACUGAUAUAAAAGAAGCUGAUGACGCGUACGAAAGUGCAAUGGCCAUAGGAAGCAGUUAUCCAGGAUGGCAGAGUUACUUACAGGAUCAAUAUGCCAUGAAAGAGAAGUGGUGUUUAGCUUAUAGAGUCGGCCUAACAGCUCAUCAUACGAAUAAUUUCGCGGAGAUUUCUAUCAGACUAUUUAAAGAAAAUGUUCUCGAUAGAGUUAAAGCUUAUAACUUGGUAGCAUUACUUGAUUUCAUUGUAACUACAAUGGAAGUUUUUUACAAAAGAAAGUUGCGUGAAUUUUACAACUCUCGGGAUCGACGUAAGCAUUUGUACCUGCAAGAAAUCUUUAGAAGAGCCGAAUACAUUCAGCGUGAGGACAUCGUUAAGAUUAAUGAGCAUACCUAUGAAGUUCCCAGCCAAAAUAUUGCUGGUACUAUUUACACCGUUGAUUCUGAAAAGGCUACAUGUAACUGCAAAGGUGGUGUGAUGGGUAAGCUAUGUAAACAUAUUGCCGCAGUUUAUCAGUUUUAUGAUGUGAAAAAUAGCAUCUUUCCAUCUAUCACCAUUGAAGGCCGUCGUCAAAUGGCAUUCGUUGCUCUUGGAGAAAAAAUGCCAUCCAUUGAUUACUUUUUACCUCUACAUGUUUCUACUAUGACAGAAAAGGAACGCCGACUUCGUGAUAAUUUGAAUUCAAAUGUAAUUGAAAUAUCUGCUGUGAAUGUUUUAGAAACUGAAAACGAACUCCGUGAUAAUAUUGUGAAUCUUGAUCAUGCCGAAAUGGCAUCUGUGAACAGUGCAGUGGAGGAAAAUGCAAACUUGGAGAAAGCUAACGAUGUUGAAGAUGAAGAAUAUAAUUUUGCAGAUUUACUCGAUCUUUUGCAUCAGUUGAAUGGAAAGUUUGGGCUCGCUGAUAUGUCUCAACAAGGAGUCAAAAAGUUUAUUUGCCGAUUACGCAAAAUUAGAUCGUCCGGACAGUGGGUAAGUUUUUUACACACUGCAGCUAAAAGUGUGCCGCUUCGUCGUGCACUUGGAGCACGCAUAAAGGUGCAACCUACGGCGAUCCAACGAAGAAAAAAUCGUAAUAAUCGUCAACCUGCUGCUGUAAAUAGGCGACAUAGAAUUGCUCCUAAAAAGAAUGAUAAAAAACAUUCAAUCUCGCUACGUAUGUACGUUUGAUUUUCUGAUUGUAUUCGUUUCUGUAAAAUUUGCAUCGUUUUAUUAUUAUUGAUUUUGAAUUUUUGAUCUUUAUGAUAUAUUUGAGUUAUGAGUUUCUGAACUUUGCAUACUUUUACUGUUAUUAUUAUUAAUUAUUAUUCUUAGAAUUUUUUUGAAAAUUUCCUAUUUUUGGUGUGACGCAUUUCUAAAAUGAUCACCCGCUUAUUGCAUAAUUAUUUUUGGCAUUUGGUGCUUAGCAACUUUUCCCAAAGGGUGAUAUUAUUACCUUUAUUAUUUUAUUUUUUAUUUACUUCGUUAAUUUGAUGUUUGCAUUAUAAUAAUGGAAUAAAAAUUGCCAUUAAAUUUCGUCACAUUCAUUAAUAAUCGGUGAAAUUAUGGCAUUAGCAAUUUGGCCAUGAAUUGAAGGAUUUUGAAUGGAUCGGAGAAGCGCGCGUGAUGGGCGGAGCGAGGUGUAUGGAGUACUGCAGCGCCGGCCAAUGAGAUCGCGCAAAAA